GUAUCGUAUUAUUAAUUGGAAUGAAUAAACUUAAAAUAAUAUACCUUUUAUAUGAUGUUGCUUUCACUGAGACAAAAAAAAGAAAGAAAAGAAAACGUCCAGAAAUUGGCUUUUUGAGCCACCAAGCGCCCCCUGGAGGAAUCAGCCUUUUAGUGUAAUAACAAACAAACAGUCAUUAGACAGAAGCAUUUGCAGACCAGUGCGAAACUAACACGGAAGUCUGUUUUCAGGUAUGAAAUAUGGAGCGUAAGCUGGCUGAGUUCAGAUCCCGAAAGAAAGCCCAGACUGAAGCUAAGAAACCUGCUGAUCGUGGGAUGCAGAGUGAAACGAAAGCAGUAAGCGAUGGUUCUCCAGCAGUGUGUACUGACCCACCAGAACAGAAGCCCAACACCUGCCCUCAAAGUCCACACACUGAGGAUCACAGCCCUUUGUUGAAUACUACAUGUGGUCGUUGGCUUCAGCAAGUGGCCCUCACCCAUCUGACCCUGCUUAAAGUGCUGCUGUGGCUCGUGCUGCUGGGCCUUUUUUCAGAGCUUGAGUUUGGACUGCCAUUUUUUGUUAUAUCGUUAUUCUACUGGCUCUAUGAGGGCCUUCGAAGCCCAAAAGCCCGACAACCUGGAGAAAUGAGUGCGUACUCGGUGUUUAAUCCAGAUUGUCAACCCAUCCUGGGAACUUUAACAGCCGAACAGCUGGAAGGAGAGAUGGGAUACAGGCCAAUGGCCAAUAGAUGAACAUGUUUGAAAUGAAGCUAACUUUGCGACUAUCUGGACAAUAAAGAAUACUAAAUAUAGAUCUGUAAAGUGCACUUGGGAAACUUGUCUGCAUUAUAUUAAUGUAUCUUAGUAACGAUGAAUUUACCUGUAUUUACAUGAAAUGAAAUUCUUUAUUUUAUUGAUGUAUAUAUAAAGAUAUACACCUCC